AGCCGUUGAUCAUUGUCUGUUUUGGAUAAGAGAGAUAAGAGAGAAGGAGAGAGUGAGUCGAACUGUCGAAGGAAGAUGGCGACUCUGCAACUCCUCACUACAGAUUUCUCCAAACCAAUGAUUCUCCUCAAACCCUCUCUCUUCGUCUCCACUCCUCCACGUCAUUGCCCCACCUCUCUCCCUCGCUUCAUUCCCAGAGCCUCUUCUUCUUCUCCGCUCAGUCGCCGCCACUUCGUCUCCGAGACGGCGGCGCUGUCUCUCGCCCUAACCGUGCCGUUGCUGGGUUCCCCUCAACUGGCCAAGUCCGAAGAGCCCGCCCUCUCCGAGUGGGAGAAAGUCUCCCUCCCUAUCGACCCCGGCGUCGUCCUUCUCGACAUCGCUUUCGUCCCCGACGACCCUAAACACGGAUUUCUGUUGGGAACAAGGCAGACACUUUUGGAGACCAAGGACGGUGGACAAAGCUGGGCGCCGCGGUCAAUUCCGUCUGCUGAAGAUGAAGAUUUUAACUACAGGUUCAAUGCCAUAAGCUUCAAAGGGAAGGAGGGCUGGAUUGUCGGAAAGCCUGCAAUUCUGUUGCACACUUCUGAUGCUGGCGACAGCUGGGAACGGAUACCGCUAAGCUCUCAGCUUCCGGGAGAUAUGGUAUAUAUAAAGGCAACUGGUGAGAAGAGCGCAGAGAUGGUGACUGACGAAGGUGCGAUUUAUGUGACCUCCAAUAGGGGAUACAAUUGGAGGGCUGCUGUUCAGGAGACUGUUUCUGCUACUCUUAAUAGAACAGUCUCUAGUGGCAUUAGCGGUGCAAGUUACUACACAGGAACUUUUAAUGCCGUCAAUCGCUCGCCAAAUGGAAGCUAUGUUGCUGUCUCAAGUCGUGGUAACUUCUUCCUUACUUGGGAGCCUGGUCAGCCAUACUGGCAGCCACAUAACAGAUCAGUUGCAAGAAGAAUCCAAAACAUGGGUUGGAGAGCUGAUGGUGGUCUUUGGCUUCUUGUUCGUGGAGGGGGACUUUUUCUGAGCAAAGGUACAGGGAUAACAGAGGAGUUUGAAGAAGUUCCAGUCCAAAGCCGGGGUUUUGGCAUUCUUGAUGUUGGGUACCGAUCAAAGGAUGAGGCUUGGGCAGCAGGUGGAAGUGGGAUUUUAUUGCGAACUACCAAUGGUGGCAAGACAUGGGUCCGUGACAAAGCAGCCGACAAUAUUGCUGCAAAUCUAUACUCUGUAAAGUUUAUCGAUGACAAUCAAGGAUUUGUGCUGGGGAACGAUGGGGUAUUGCUUCGGUAUCUUGGAUGAAGUAUUUACACUUGGUUUAUCAAUAGUGCUUGCAAAUUUUGUACUGCUGAUACCAAAUGUGAUCUGGUAUCAAAAGCUGCGAAGAGGGGUCUGAAUGUCAUUCAUUUGAUAAUAUUGUAAUUUUGCUGUAAUUAUUACAUAUGAAAAUUACCACUUAUCAACAAAUUUGGUGUCCUGAAAAGUAAAAGAUCUGUAGCAAGUAUUUGCUGAUUUGUUAUACAUACUAAUGAGGUAAUUCUGAAUUUUUGGUAUAUUUGAAUGCA